AUGAAGAGAGGAGUGGGAGAUGCUUGGGGGGAGUUGGAGGCGGGGGGAGUUGGAGGCGGGGGGGGGUUGGAGGCGGGGGGAGGAGGUCUGAAGCAAAGGGAUGCCGCUGCAGGACUCCAGGAGAGGGAGGGAGGCUUCACGUCCAUCCAUCCAUUAGAUAUGGCUAAAGGAGAUGUGAUGAGAGGAGAUGGGAGGGGCCGUGAAGUGGCGGCUCGCUCGGCCCCCCUGGCGGCUCGCUCGGCCCCCCUGGCGGCUCACUCGGCCCCCCUGGCGGCUCGCUCGGCCCCCCUGGCGGCUCGCUCGGCCCCCCUGGCGGCUCACUCGGCCCCCCUGGCGGCUCACUCGGCCCCCCUGGCGGCUCGCUCGGCCCCCCUGGCGGGCUCACUCGGCCCCCCUGGCGGCUCACUCGGCCCCCCUCGCUCCAUCCAUCAUCCAGGCCCCGGUCUGAGCCAGCACCGGUCUCUGGUUCACCUCCAGCUCUGGCAGCAGCCUCCACAGACACUUCUUAGGCCUCUCUGCAUAUUUAAAGAAUAA